CACCGCGCCUUAUUCAGCAAACCGUGGUUAACGGGACUGACGAUGCGCGAACAGACUCGCCGUGGGCUUCCCCCCAUCCCCUGAGAGAGGAUAGCCUGGAAAAGGAGCUUCGGGGAAGGGUUCGAAGCAAACGUUGCAAAGCGAGGAUUGAGUUUUUACUUCUUGCGGCGCUUUCCUCUACCCCCGUCUGGCUGUACAGCCUUCGCUCUUUUGGGAAGGGUGAAGGUUUCCAGGCUGGUCUUGUGCUUGGCAGGAGACGGACUCUUCCGAGCAAAAGAAUGCAGACGAUAAAGUGCGUGGUGGUUGGUGAUGGCGCUGUGGGAAAGACCUGCCUGCUUAUCAGCUACACCACAAAUGCUUUCCCGGAGGAAUAUAUCCCCACAGUGUUUGACAACUACAGUGCUCAGAUGACGGUGGAUGGCAGGAUGGUUAGCCUUAACCUCUGGGACACGGCCGGCCAAGAGGAGUAUGACCGUCUGCGCACCCUCUCCUACCCGCAGACCAACGUCUUUGUGAUUUGCUUUUCCAUUGGUAGCCCCUCCUCUUAUGCCAACGUUCGGCACAAAUGGCACCCUGAAGUCUCCCACCACUGUCCCAAUGUGCCAAUUCUCCUGGUGGGCACCAAAAGGGACUUGCGGAGUAACACAGAGGCCGUGAAAAAGCUGAAGGAGCAAAGCCUGGGCCCUACUACACCCCAACAGGGUACUUCGCUAGCCAAACAGAUUGGAGCAGUCAAAUACUUGGAGUGCUCAGCGUUGAACCAGGAAGGGGUAAGGGAAGUGUUUGCGGAAGCCGUGCGUGCCGUUCUCUAUCCCGUGACGAAGAAGAACUCCAAGAAGUGUCUUCUGUUGUAGUCAGCAAGAAGAGCACAGCGCAGACCGAAGGCGUGGGGUGUUUGCAGGCCGUUUCCUUAAACUAAUUGCAUCUUGCACUAAUGGCUUUAAAGAGAGAUUUCCUUCAGCAAGUACUCCAGCAGUCCAGCUGCCACUAUGAGCCAACAGAAAGGAACAUAUUGGUUCUAGCCUUAAGGAUCAGCCUCCCUGGUGAAUUCUCAGUGUCCCUUCUUAACAUAAUUCUCCCCCUCUUCUGUGGAGGAGCCUAAAGCUAGGGAAUUCCUUCAAAGCCAAAUGUUUCUCUGCUCAACAAAACUAAGAUAAGGUCUUUUGGAAGGAGACAAUAAUCUGCUUUGCUUUUCGCAUCAAUGUUGCUUUCUGUGUUUGCUCUCCAGUCACCUGUCUUACAUGUAGGGCAGGGCUGUGCCUUUCCAGUAGCAGAAUCUGUCUGUCACAGUUUUCAAAAGCACCAUACACAUUUUAAAACAUCUCCAUUAUUGCAGGCAGGCAUAAUGACAGGCCUUGCAAACAAUGAGGGAUGAGCAAUUUCUACAGGGUCUUAAUAAGAUCAAAAUCAGUUUAUGUCCUUUGUGGAGUAUGUUACAAGUCUGGAUUCGCUCAGGCAGCUGGGGUUUUGGCUUUCAGAGUUUGGAAAGCUGAACUAUAAUAAGUGUCCUGCCCACUGACUCCCACAUUGGCCCCUUUCUCCCAAACACACACACACGGCCUAGAUUAACCGUACUCUGCACUGGUUGACCUCCAGGCACUCUGAUGAUUUUUCUGCACUGGCAUUUCCAGUGUUCUCUUUCCUUAAAUGCCAUGAUUACCUUCGGCCUUGUAAACGAAUCUUGGGGCGAGAAAUUGCCUGCUAUGCAGGAUAAAGUUGUUUUUCCCCCCUGCCACCAAGCCUUUUAAAAGUUGGGCUGCUUCAGAGCAGCCGUUUUGUGUGCCUUCUGUCCCCCUUUCUCCCUUGCAGAUAAAACUCAGUAACUAUUUUUAAACAUUCAGGUGUAAGUGCUGUUAAACUGAUGCACUGAUUUAGUAGAAGCUUAAAUCUUUCUAGGCCAUUGGUACCCAUGUAGAUGCAUAAGAGCAGGGUCUAACAUUGCCUGAAAUAUUAACUUUGCCUUCUUUAGAAUGAAUUAUGCAAGUUUUUCUCUUGGAAACAUGAAUCUCUAUUUAGCAUCAUGCAUUUUUUUCCCUUUUGCAAAAGUAAGAGACUCUAGAGCUGACUGAGCCCAUUGUUGGGCACAUUCGGCUGAUUAAGGAAAGCCAGAUGCUUCCCAGCAUCUCUUUCUGGACAAGAUGCUAUGAGUAACCUCUCCAGUGUGCUCCUUAGGAAGAAUGCAGAGAUGUAACCUUCCAAUUAAUUACGUUCUGUAUUCUGGCUGCGAUCCUGAUGUGCCGGUGACAAGGAAACUUUGCCUGAAUGUAGAAAUGUAUUACUUGGGAGCUGUCCUCUCUGCAUUGAUGCUGGUGUCACAGCUAGAUUGGUGACUUGUGCUAUUCUCAUCCUCGGCAGGCAAAUCUGACUAGACUGCUAUAAUAGCCAUGUUGUGGUCUCCUUUCUUUUCCCUUUGCCCUGGCCGAGAUUCUGGGGCUGAACUUUCUGCCCUAUAUCUGACCAUCCUCAGGGUAUGUAGCGAUGCAAACUUGUUUCCAACCAGGUUAUGAUGUUAACGAGAGCUUGGUCUCGCUAGCACUGCCAAAUGCCUUCUGAAUACGCUCCGUUCGCAGCUCUGUCUCCCUCGUGCCUGACAACGUGUGGCCGGACACUGCCGGGCAAUGGUCUCCUCUCGGGGAAACAGGCUUCUCCAGGCGGAGCUGUGGCUUCGAGUGACAGUUGAGGUUCAGGGAGCCUGACGUCAUCAUGUGGUACUUCAACAUACACUGGCAAUUGAUUUUACAGUUUAAAGUACAUUUGUACAGCAACUAACGGAGUUAUUUUUAAAUUAUGCAGAACGAAAUUGUAAUAAAGCAGUUUUUUUGGUUCCUU